UGGUGCACAUGGCCAGGCCACUGCUGCUGCUGCUCGCAUUCCUCCUCCUUGCCGAUGCUGAGACACCUCCAAGGUUCACACGAACUCCUGUUGAUCAGACAGGGGUGUCUGGUGGAGUUGCGUCUUUCAUAUGCCAAGCUACCGGAGACCCAAGACCUAAAAUUGUCUGGAACAAAAAAGGAAAGAAAGUCAGCAACCAGAGAUUUGAGGUAAUAGAGUUUGACGAUGGAUCUGGAUCAGUUCUCAGAAUACAGCCCUUACGGACUCCACGGGAUGAGGCCAUUUAUGAAUGUGUGGCCUCGAAUAAUGUGGGAGAAAUAAGUGUAUCCACAAGACUCACAGUUUUGCGUGAGGAUCAAAUUCCCAGGGGCUUCCCAACCAUUGACAUGGGCCCACAGUUGAAGGUGGUAGAGCGUACACGCACUGCCACCAUGCUUUGUGCUGCCAGUGGCAAUCCGGAUCCAGAAAUCACUUGGUUUAAAGAUUUCUUACCUGUCGACACAAGCAACAACAACGGUCGUAUUAAGCAGUUACGAUCAGGAGCCCUUCAGAUCGAACAGAGUGAAGAAUCUGACCAAGGAAAAUAUGAGUGUGUUGCCACCAACAGCGCGGGCACUCGCUAUUCUGCCCCUGCCAAUUUAUAUGUCAGAGUUCGCCGUGUCCCACCAAGAUUCUCUAUCCCACCCACUAAUCAUGAAAUCAUGCCAGGUGGAAGUGUUAAUAUCACCUGUGUGGCCGUGGGGUCACCAAUGCCUUAUGUGAAGUGGAUGUUGGGGGCAGAAGAUCUGACACCUGAAGAUGAUAUGCCAAUAGGAAGAAAUGUCCUAGAACUGAAUGAUGUAAGACAGUCAGCAAAUUAUACCUGUGUUGCUAUGUCUACACUGGGUGUCAUUGAAGCAAUAGCACAGAUCACUGUCAAAGCCUUACCCAAACCUCCAGGAACACCAGUAGUGACUGAGAGCACAGCUACAAGCAUUACACUGACAUGGGACUCUGGGAACCCUGAGCCAGUCUCUUACUACAUCAUUCAGCAUAAACCUAAGAAUUCUGAGGAACCUUACAAAGAAAUUGAUGGGGUGGCGACCACACGCUACAGUGUUGCUGGACUAAGUCCCUACUCAGAUUAUGAAUUCAGGGUUGUUGCUGUCAAUAACAUUGGGCGAGGACCUCCCAGUGAGCCUGUGCUAACACAGACCUCAGAGCAAGCUCCGUCCAGUGCCCCGAGGGAUGUCCAAGCACGCAUGUUGAGUUCAACCACCAUUUUGGUACAGUGGAAGGAACCUGAGGAGCCAAAUGGACAGAUCCAAGGAUACAGAGUAUAUUAUACAAUGGAUCCCACUCAGCAUGUCAAUAACUGGAUGAAACACAAUGUAGCUGACAGCCAAAUCACCACAAUUGGCAACCUUGUGCCCCAGAAAACAUAUUCUGUCAAAGUGUUGGCUUUUACCUCAAUUGGAGAUGGUCCUCUCUCAAGUGACAUACAAGUCAUCACUCAGACGGGAGUACCAGGGCAGCCAUUAAACUUCAAAGCAGAACCUGAGUCUGAAACAAGUAUUUUGCUGUCGUGGACACCUCCUCGUUCAGACACCAUCGCCAACUAUGAACUGGUGUACAAAGAUGGGGAGCAUGGAGAGGAGCAACGAAUUACCAUUGAGCCAGGAACAUCUUAUAGGCUGCAAGGUCUGAAACCAAACAGCUUGUACUACUUCCGUCUGUCUGCUCGCUCCCCUCAAGGCCUGGGUGCUUCUACAGCUGAGAUAUCAGCUAGGACCAUGCAGUCAAAGCCGUCAGCUCCUCCUCAAGACAUUAGUUGCACCAGCCCAAGUUCCACUAGUAUUUUGGUAAGUUGGCAACCUCCACCAGUGGAAAAACAGAAUGGCAUUAUCACGGAAUACUCCAUCAAGUAUACCGCAGUGGAUGGGGAAGACGACAAACCUCGCGAGAUUUUGGGAAUUCCUUCGGACACUACCAAAUACCUUUUGGAACAGCUGGAAAAAUGGACUGAAUACCGGAUCACUGUGACGGCCCACACAGAUGUCGGCCCUGGUCCCGAGAGCUUGUCCGUGUUGAUUCGAACCGAUGAAGAUGUUCCUAGUGGUCCUCCUCGCAAAGUCGAGGUAGAGGCUGUCAACUCAACAUCUGUUAAAGUCUCUUGGCGCUCACCUGUGCCCAACAAGCAGCAUGGCCAGAUCAGAGGAUACCAGGUGCACUAUGUGAGGAUGGAAAAUGGAGAGCCCAAGGGCCAGCCCAUGCUGAAGGACGUCAUGCUGGCUGAUGCACAGUGGGAAUUUGAUGAUACUACUGAACAUGAUAUGAUCAUUUCUGGGCUACAACCUGAAACUUCCUACUCCCUCACAGUCACAGCCUACACCACCAAAGGAGAUGGUGCACGCAGCAAGCCUAAACUGGUGUCCACCACGGGGGCAGUUCCAGGGAAACCCCGGCUUGUGAUUAACCACACACAGAUGAAUACUGCCCUCAUUCAGUGGCACCCUCCCGUGGACACAUUUGGACCCCUUCAAGGCUACCGUCUAAAAUUUGGCCGCAAGGAUAUGGAGCUGCUCACUACUCUUGAGUUCUCUGAAAAAGAAGAUCAUUUUACAGCUACAGACAUCCACAAAGGAGCAUCUUAUGUGUUCAGGCUCUCAGCCAGGAACAAAGUGGGCUUUGGGGAGGAGAUGGUAAAGGAGAUCUCUGUUCCAGAAGAAGUACCAACUGGAUUUCCUCAAAACCUCCACUCAGAAGGCACCACUUCAACCUCUGUGCAGCUAUCCUGGCAGCCACCUGUCCUGGCAGAGAGAAAUGGCAUCAUCACCAAGUACACCCUUCUCUAUAGGGACAUCAACAUCCCCCUUCUUCCAAUGGAGCAGCUUAUUGUUCCAGCUGACACCACUAUGACACUCACUGGCUUAAAACCAGAUACCACAUAUGAUGUAAAAGUACGUGCUCACACGAGCAAAGGGCCCGGGCCAUAUAGUCCCAGUGUCCAGUUCAGGACACUGCCUGUGGAUCAAGCAGUGUUUGCAAAAAAUUUUCAUGUCAAAGCAGUAAUGAAGACUUCAGUGUUGCUGUCUUGGGAGAUCCCAGAGAAUUAUAAUUCCGCCAUGCCUUUCAAAAUUCUUUAUGAUGAUGGGAAAAUGGUAGAAGAAGUGGAUGGCCGAGCCACACAGAAGUUGAUUGUCAACCUGAAGCCCGAGAAGUCAUAUUCAUUUGUGCUAACAAAUCGUGGAAACAGUGCUGGCGGGCUGCAGCACCGGGUAACAGCAAAGACUGCACCAGAUGUGCUACGUACCAAGCCUGCCUUCAUUGGGAAGACCAAUCUGGAUGGCAUGAUUACCGUGCAACUGCCUGAAGUUCCUGCAAAUGAGAAUAUAAAAGGUUAUUACAUAAUAAUUGUGCCUUUGAAGAAAUCUCGUGGGAAAUUUAUCAAGCCAUGGGAGAGUCCCGAUGAAAUGGAAUUAGAUGAGCUGCUUAAGGAGAUAUCUAGGAAACGCAGAAGCAUCCGUUAUGGGAGAGAAGUUGAAUUAAAGCCAUAUAUUGCAGCUCACUUUGAUGUCCUGCCCACUGAGUUCACCCUGGGGGAUGACAAGCAUUAUGGUGGAUUUACAAACAAGCAGCUCCAGAGUGGUCAAGAGUAUGUCUUCUUUGUGUUAGCAGUCAUGGAACAUGCAGAAUCUAAGAUGUAUGCAACCAGCCCCUACUCUGACCCCGUUGUGUCCAUGGAUUUGGAUCCGCAGCCUAUCACAGAUGAAGAAGAAGGCUUGAUCUGGGUUGUAGGUCCCGUCCUUGCAGUGGUCUUUAUCAUCUGCAUUGUCAUUGCUAUUCUUCUUUAUAAAAGGAAGAGGGCAGAGUCUGACUCCAGAAAGAGCAGCAUCCCAAACAGCAAGGAGGUCCCUUCACACCACCCAACUGAUCCUGUAGAACUGAGGCGCCUUAAUUUUCAGACACCAGGUAUGGCUAGCCAUCCUCCAAUACCUAUUUUGGAACUUGCAGAUCACAUUGAAAGGUUGAAAGCAAAUGACAACUUGAAGUUUUCCCAGGAGUAUGAGUCAAUUGACCCUGGCCAGCAGUUCACAUGGGAACAUUCAAACUUGGAAGUAAACAAACCAAAGAAUAGAUAUGCAAAUGUAAUCGCAUAUGAUCAUUCCCGUGUUCUCCUAUCAGCAAUAGAAGGCAUCCCAGGAAGUGACUAUGUGAAUGCCAACUACAUAGAUGGUUAUAGGAAGCAAAAUGCCUAUAUUGCAACCCAGGGAUCUCUCCCCGAAACGUUUGGGGACUUUUGGAGAAUGAUAUGGGAGCAACGGAGUGCCACUGUUGUCAUGAUGACAAAACUAGAAGAAAGAUCCAGGGUGAAGUGUGACCAGUAUUGGCCCAGCAGGGGCACAGAAACCCAUGGACUGGUCCAAGUGACGUUGCUCGAUACUGUGGAGUUGGCUACAUAUUGUGUUCGAACAUUUGCACUUUAUAAGAAUGGGUCCAGUGAGAAGAGAGAAGUGAGACAGUUCCAGUUCACCGCCUGGCCUGAUCACGGCGUGCCAGAACACCCUACACCUUUUCUGGCUUUCUUACGGAGAGUCAAAACGUGUAACCCUCCUGAUGCAGGACCAAUGGUUGUGCAUUGCAGUGCGGGAGUCGGCCGAACUGGUUGUUUCAUUGUCAUAGAUGCCAUGUUAGAAAGAAUAAAGCAUGAAAAAACUGUAGAUAUUUAUGGCCAUGUAACUUUAAUGAGAGCCCAGAGGAAUUACAUGGUUCAAACGGAAGACCAAUACAUCUUUAUCCACGAUGCACUGUUAGAAGCAGUGACUUGUGGAAAUACCGAAGUGCCAGCUAGAAACUUGUAUGCCUACAUUCAGAAGCUGACACAAAUAGAAGCAGGAGAGAAUGUCACAGGAAUGGAGCUCGAGUUUAAGCGUCUAGCCAGCUCAAAAGCUCACACCUCAAGAUUCAUCAGUGCCAAUCUUCCAUGUAAUAAAUUCAAAAAUCGCCUUGUUAAUAUUAUGCCAUAUGAAUCCACAAGGGUAUGCCUGCAGCCUAUCCGAGGAGUAGAAGGGUCUGAUUAUAUCAAUGCCAGUUUUAUUGAUGGAUACAGGCAACAGAAAGCCUACAUUGCUACCCAGGGGCCCUUGGCAGAGACCACCGAAGACUUUUGGCGGAUGCUCUGGGAGCACAAUUCCACCAUUGUCGUGAUGCUCACUAAGCUGCGUGAAAUGGGCAGAGAGAAAUGUCACCAGUACUGGCCAGCAGAACGAUCUGCAAGAUAUCAGUACUUUGUUGUAGAUCCCAUGGCUGAGUACAACAUGCCACAGUAUAUCCUAAGGGAAUUCAAGGUCACAGAUGCCAGGGACGGCCAGUCCCGAACAGUGAGGCAGUUCCAGUUCACUGACUGGCCAGAACAAGGAGUGCCAAAAUCUGGAGAAGGAUUUAUUGACUUCAUCGGCCAAGUUCAUAAAACAAAAGAGCAGUUUGGCCAAGAUGGACCCAUUUCAGUCCAUUGCAGUGCGGGUGUUGGAAGAACCGGAGUCUUCAUCACACUCAGCAUUGUCUUAGAAAGAAUGAGAUAUGAAGGAGUUGUAGACAUCUUCCAGACUGUCAAAAUGUUAAGAACACAACGGCCAGCCAUGGUACAGACUGAGGAUCAGUAUCAAUUUUGCUAUCGAGCCGCACUAGAGUACCUGGGCAGCUUUGAUCACUAUGCAACGUAGAAACCCUUGACCCAUUCUGGAUUUUUACUGCAGGCCCUUCAGUAUCCAUGGAGUCUCUUCUGAGCCAUACAGGGCACUUGAGAAGUCCUUCUUAACUUCUAGCUAACAACCACAUAGUGGGACUAUUACACACAAAACAAAUGAAAAACAAACUAUUCCAGGUGGACCAAGAAUCCAGUUUAAUAAUCUAACCUGAAAAAUAUUACAGAGAAUCCUGACUUAUGGGGCAUCUGAAGGAUUUUAUCUACAGGUACCUCAAGGAUUCAAAACAAAGGGAAGAAGAAAUCACAGCAAAGAACCACCAUCUUGUUCAGGAUUGCUUGUUAGAUGCAAGGAAGCUUGCUGGUGUGGCUUCUCUCAGUCAAAUGGACUCUGCUUUGGCAUCGCCCCUUCCCACCAUAUGCUCAUAAUAACAUUUUAGGAAGAAACGGGGUGGGGGGGGGAAUGUUUAAAAAGAAAGUCCUUGGUUUAGUUUUUUAGUAUUGUAAAGAUACUGCUGACCUGUGCUUCAUUUCUAACUGUGUAAACUUUUUUUUAACAAAAUGUAUCAUUCGAUAAAGUGAAUUUUAAAAAAGAUACAUUACUCUUCAUUUUUUUUUUAAUUUCCAAAUUGUAGGUUUUUUUAAGCUGUAGAACUGUUAUCUGUAAUUUCUUGCUGUAGAAAUAUCAAAUAAUUUGAAACU